GGAAGGAAGGUGGCGCCGGCCGGGCGCGGGGGAGGGGGCGCUGACCCGGAUGUUCACUCCUGGGCACCGGGGGAAGUGGAAGCGCCGGGCCCUGCCGCGGGGGGAGAAGCACAGUCGCCGGGACCGCCGCCGCCGCCGCCGCCGCAGCCAUGAGUGACCAGCAACUGGACUGUGCCUUGGACUUGAUGAGACGCCUUCCUCCACAGCAAAUCGAGAAGAACCUCAGUGAUCUGAUCGACCUGGUCCCGAGUCUGUGCGAAGAUCUCCUGUCUUCUGUUGACCAGCCACUGAAAAUUGCCAGAGACAAGGUGGUGGGAAAGGACUACCUUCUGUGUGACUACAACAGAGACGGGGACUCCUAUCGGUCACCAUGGAGUAACAAGUACGACCCUCCUUUGGAAGACGGCGCCAUGCCUUCUGCGCGGCUGAGGAAGCUCGAGGUGGAAGCCAACAACGCCUUUGACCAGUACCGCGACCUGUACUUUGAAGGCGGUGUCUCCUCUGUCUACCUCUGGGACCUGGACCACGGCUUCGCCGGAGUGAUUCUCAUCAAGAAAGCUGGAGACGGGUCCAAGAAGAUCAAAGGCUGCUGGGACUCCAUCCACGUGGUGGAAGUGCAGGAGAAAUCCAGCGGCCGCACGGCCCACUACAAGCUGACCUCCACCGUGAUGCUCUGGCUGCAGACCAACAAGUCUGGCUCCGGCACCAUGAACCUUGGCGGCAGCCUGACCAGACAGAUGGAGAAGGAUGAAACCGUGAGCGACUGCUCGCCACACAUAGCCAACAUCGGGCGCCUGGUGGAGGACAUGGAAAAUAAAAUCAGAAGUACGCUGAAUGAGAUCUACUUUGGGAAAACAAAGGACAUCGUCAACGGGCUGAGAUCUGUUGACGUUAUCCCUGACAACCCAAAGUUUCAGCAAUUGCAGAGGGAACUUUCCCAAGUGCUGACCCAGCGCCAGAUCCACGUCCAGCCUGAUAAUUAAGCCGAUCCAGGUCUGUGCAGACGUUCGCAGACAAAUCCAAACAAGAAGCUCUCAAGAACGACCUUGUGGAGGCUCUGAAGAGAAAGCAGCAGUGCUGAAGUCGCUCACUCACGCCAGCCUCCGCGCCCACCAGUCCCUCCUUAGAAACUUUUCUGCUCCCUCCCCGCCCUCCCCUCGCCAGCAGGCCACCAGAACUCAUCACCGACCGCACAGCGCCGCCUGCCCCCAAGAAUAAAGCCCAGUGAACACCUGCCCCUCCGUCUCUGAGGCCUCCUUCCCACCACAUUUUUGCUAUCAAAACUCGGUAUUUCCGUAGAGCCCCAUGCGUGAGUGUGUGUGUGCGUAUCUCUUUUCCUGCCCCCAUUUGUAGACAUAAAACGCACUGUCUGCCACCCCCUCCCACCUUUUUGUUAACGUUGGUGUAAAAAAAUGUAAAACAAAAAAGUGUUAUGAGACCGACUGUGGUGUGUGAAAGAUAGCAGAAAGACUGGAAAUCUGAUGCCAUGUGUGUUUGGGAGUUGCUUGGGGCCGGCAGUGGUGGAGGACCGCGGGACAGCUCUGGAGGAGAGGCGGGGGCCCUCGGCGCUGCCCUGCAGACCGGCCGCAGUGUGGGCGGAGGGGAGGUGGGGCCUGCUGACCAUCCUGCUCUUCUGGCCAGGUGCUUCUCUGUCAGUUUUUAUGGAAUGCAAAAGGAGUUGUUUUAUUUUGUUUUGUUCUUUUGUAAAGCUUAAAAAAAAAAUCUACAUCUUAUACUUGAGCUUCCAUACUUACAAAAAGGAAAAAAAAAAAAAAUUAAAUAAAAAGAAAAUAAAAAGAAACUGGGAUUCCGUGA